GGGAUGAGAAAUUUAUAUAACUUAACCUAUAAUUACACAAGUGUUUCAGGUGCAAACAAAUAUACUCAUUUCAUCUAUUCGUAGUUUUUAUUGUUUCAAAUCUGUAUUGUCAGUUGUCAGUAGUACCGUGUAAGGUAUUUUGAGUCAAAUGGCGAACAUUCCACGAUUUUCUUUAUUCAGAAACGAUAAACAUUUUAAGUAUUCCACUGAUGUACUGAGAAAACUUUUAUCGACAAAGAAGAAUGAUGUUUCUCCAAAGGAUGACAUUAGUGAUGUUCCAGUCUUAAAUAAUGGAAAGCCAUCCAAAAGUGGUAGACGGGUCUAUGCAUGGGGUGUUGCGGAAACUGGAGCGCUUGGGAUUCAUACCCAUAGAUUGAAAAGGGAGAUGAAAACUUUGGCACAGUUUUACCAUCAUCCUAAACGCCUACAUUUUUCUCACCUUUACAAGGUAAAUGAUAUUGCUUGUGGAUAUGGCUUCACAGUUUAUUCUGUGGAUCCUGAUUUGGAAAAAGGUCAACACAAAGUCUUUGGAAGUGGCUUAAACACAGACUCUCAAAUAGGAUAUCAUGCUGUUCGGGCUGGUCAUCCAUUGGCUCUCCUGCUUAACCCAGCUCCAAUAAAUAUUCCGUUGAAAUCUAUCAAAACAAGGGUCAAAGGACUUGCAGCAGGUCGCGCUCAUCUACUUGUCCACACUGACGACGGCGUCUUUUCUCUUGGAAAUAAUGCUUAUGGUCAAUGUGGCAGGCCCAUUAUCGAAAAUGAAAAUUACAGUGGAAGUAGAAUUGUACAUAAGAUAGUAAAUCUCCCAGCAGAUGAAAUACGCUCUGUGGCUUGUGGCCAAGACCAUAGUAUGUUUAUCACAGAAAAAGGAAGUGUUUAUGCCUGUGGAUGGAAUGCUGAUGGUCAAACUGGUCAAAAUAAUUAUGAAUCAAAUUGGGAACCAAAGCUUGUGACUGGUGACGUAGUGGGGGAAGACAUUGUUAAACUAUCUUGUGCUGGUGACUGUGUGCUAGCCUUAAAUAGAAAAGGAGAAGUAUUUGGCUGGGGUAAUUCUGAAUAUGGACAGUUAUGCAAAGAUAGUCUUCAAUUGGCAACUUCAAAACAUUUACUGUUCACAAGAGAUCUUGGGAAAAUUAUUGAUGUGGCUGCAGGAGGAUCUUUUUGCAUGGCACUCAAUGAGCAUGGCCAGGUCUUCGUUUGGGGUUUUGGAAUUCUUGGAAAGGGCCCUAAAGCUCAGAAAUCUAUGACUCCUACAGAAAUACCUCCCAUUUUGUUUGGGAGAAAUGAGUUUCAGCCUGACUCCAAAGUAAAUCAAGUUGCCUGUGGGCUGCACCACUUCAUGGCUGUUACUAAUAAAGGAGAUUUGUAUUCAUGGGGCCACAACCGUGGGGGAUGUCUUGGUCUUGGACACGACAAAGACCAGUUCUUCCCCAUGAAGGUUGCAGUAGGAGCUUCUGUUGCCAAAGUGAGCUGUGGUGUGGAUCACACUGUUGUUGUGUGUUCCUCAUUUUGAAAUUGUAAAGGAUAGCUACAAUAAACAUAUAUCAUUUGUUACCUAAAUUUACUAUUUA